AAGAAAAAGGAAUUAAAUGGUGGCAGACAUGCCCAAGGAAUAUUGAGGAGAUUUGAUCCUUUCAUGAAACUUGUGAUGGAUGAAUGUGUGGAGGUGAUGACUAAUGGGCAACAGAACAAUAUUGGAACGGUGGUAACCAUUCCAAGAAAUAUUAUCAUCAUGUCGGAAGCCUUGGGACCAGUAUGAAGAAUGGUUGUGUUCACCAGAGAAAUCAAUUGCUUCCACAUGUCCUCUGUCCCCUCUCCACAGCACCUGUUUUUCUACAAUAUAAAAAUCAAGUCGUGUCUCUUUUCAUAUUGAACUUUCGUUAAAUAAACUUUUGUAUUGUAAAGGGGAAAAAAGACUUAGGGGCUGAUUAGAUGUGAGAAAAGAAAGGAAGA